AUGGCGGCAUUAGAGGAGUUAAAGAAGAAGCUUUCUCCAUUGUUUGAUGCCGAAAAGGGUCUUUCUUCGUCGUCAUCUUUAGAUCCAAACGAUUCAUAUUUAUUAUCAGAUGGUGGAACUGUUAAUUUGCUUAGUAGAUCAUAUGGAGUUUACAACUUUAACGAGCUCGGGUUACAAAAAUGUACAUCUUCUCAUGUCGAUGAGUCUGAGAGUUGUGAGACUACCUAUAAAUGUGCUUCUCAUGAAAUGCGGGUUUUCGGAGCGAUAGGUAGCGGUGCUAGCAGCGUUGUUCAACGCGCUAUUCAUAUCCCGAAUCAUAGAAUUCUAGCUUUGAAGAAGAUUAAUAUCUUCGAAAGGGAGAAAAGACAGCAAUUGCUUACGGAGAUACGGACGUUGUGUGAAGCUCCUUGUCAUGAAGGACUUGUGGAUUUUCACGGAGCGUUUUAUAGUCCGGACUCGGGACAAAUCAGCAUAGCUCUUGAAUAUAUGGAUGGAGGAUCUCUUGCAGAUAUCUUAAAAGUAACAAAGAAGAUACCUGAGCCUGUUCUUUCAUCGAUGUUUCACAAACUUUUGCAAGGAUUGAGCUACUUGCAUGGAGUUAGACAUCUUGUUCAUAGAGACAUUAAACCUGCAAAUCUGCUUGUAAAUCUUAAAGGGGAACCAAAGAUAACUGAUUUUGGCAUAAGUGCUGGUCUCGAGAAUUCAAUGGCUAUGUGUGCUACUUUUGUUGGAACUGUCACCUACAUGUCACCAGAGCGGAUUAGGAACGAUGGUUAUUCUUAUCCAGCGGAUAUAUGGAGCCUUGGUCUCGCUCUUUUCGAAUGCGGCACUGGAGAGUUUCCGUAUAUUGCUAAUGAAGGGCCAGUUAAUCUUAUGUUGCAGAUCUUGGAUGAUCCAUCACCGACACCAUCGAAACAAGAAUUUUCGCCGGAGUUCUGUUCUUUCAUUGAUGCUUGUCUCCAGAAAAAUGCAGAUGCUAGACCAACAGCUGAUCAGCUUCUGUCACAUCCUUUUAUUACAAAACACGAGAAGGAAAGAGUAGAUUUGGCGAGUUUUGUUCAAAGCAUCUUUGAUCCAACUCAGAGAUUGAAAGAUAUAGCAGAUAUGCUCACAAUCCAUUACUACUCCCUCUUUGAUGGAUUUGAUGAUCUUUGGCACCACGCAAAAUCGCUCUACACUGAAACCACUUCCGUCUUCAGUUUCUCUGGAAAGCAUUACACAGGAGCAACGGAAAUCUUCUCAGCAUUAUCAAACAUUCGUAGCACAUUAGCAGGAGAUUUACCAAGCGAGAAACUCGUUCAUGUCGUUGAGAAGCUCCACUGUAAGCCACAUGGCAAUGGUGGAGUCAUGAUUCGCGCAAUUGGAUCGUUUAUUGUAGGAAAUCAGUUUCUGAUAUGUGGUGAUGGGGUUCAAGCAGAAGGGCUCCCGAGUUUCAAAGAUCUCGGGUUCGAUAUCGGAAGCAGACGCGUGGGUCGAUUUCAAGAACAGUUUGUGGUGGAAUCUAGUGAUCUUAUUGGAAAAUAUUUUAUAGCUAAGCAAGAGCUUUAUAUUACAACCUAA